UGGGUGGAGGCAGCCGGGUGAGCGUUGCCGCGGGUCCCGGCCUCGCGCGCGCACGUGCCCGCACGCUCACGCUCGCGGUCCGGGGCGCUGCCGAAAAGAAAUAAUGCUGUCAGUAUGUCUGCACACUCCAUGCUCUGUGAACGAAUCGCCAUAGCCAAGGAACUGAUCAAGAGAGCUGAAUCACUUUCUAGAUCAAGAAAAGGUGGCAUAGAAGGUGGUGCAAAGCUGUGCAGCAAAUUGAAGGCAGAAUUAAAAUUCUUACAAAAAGUGGAAGCUGGGAAAGUAGCUAUUAAGGAAUCCCAUUUACAAAGCACUAAUCUAACACACCUGAGAGCCGUAGUGGACUCUGCAGAAAACCUGGAAGAAGUUGUUAGUGUACUUCAUGUCUUUGGUUACACAGAUACCUUGGGAGAAAAGCAGACCCUUGUGGUGGAUGUAGUUGCAAAUGGUGGUCAUACCUGGGUGAAAGCCAUUGGCCGAAAGGCGGAAGCUCUGCAUAACAUUUGGCUGGGCAGGGGCCAGUAUGGUGACAAAAGCAUUAUUGAGCAGGCUGAAGACUUCCUCCAGGCCAGUCACCAGCAGCCAGUGCAGUAUAGCAACCCUCACAUCAUCUUUGCAUUUUACAAUAGUGUCUCCAGCCCCAUGGCAGAGAAGCUGAAAGAAAUGGGCAUAUCUGUGCGAGGAGACAUAGUAGCAGUUAACUCUCUGUUAGAUCACCCUGAAGAACUCCAGCUCAGUGAGAGAGAAUCCGAUGACGAGGGCCCUGAACUUUUGCAGGUGACCAGAGUAGACCGAGAGAAUAUACUAGCAAGUGUUGCGUUUCCAACAGAGAUUAAGGUUGAUGUGUGCAAAAGAGUAAAUCUGGACAUUACUACUUUAAUCACCUAUGUGUCUGCCCUCAGCUAUGGAGGCUGCCACUUCAUCUUCAAAGAAAAAGUCCUCACAGAACAAGCAGAGCAAGAGAGGAAAGAGCAGGUACUACCACAGCUGGAGGCAUUCAUGAAGGACAAGGAGUUGUUUGCUUGUGAAUCUGCUGUCAAGGAUUUUCAGUCUAUUCUGGAUACCUUAGGAGGACCGAGGGAGAGAGAAAGGGCUGCUAUGCUAAUUAAGCGAAUUAAUGUGGUGCCAGACCAGCCUUCUGAACGUGCCUUGAAACUAGUGGCCAGUUCAAAAAUCAAUAGUCGCUCAUUAAUGAUUUUUGGGACAGGAGACACCCUAAAAGCCAUCACAAUGACUGCAAAUAGUGGUUUUGUCAGAGCUGCCAACAACCAAGGUGUUAAGUUUAGUGUGUUUAUCCAUCAGCCCAGAGCACUUACUGAGAGCAAAGAGGCUCUAGCCACCCCCUUACCAGAAGGCUACACAAAUGACAACGAACACUGAUGAUAUCCUUUAAAUAUUGUAAUGGAAAUAAAUUAUUUAUACCAAA